AUGGGAUACGUGCAAGCUAGACCGAAGAUUGAUGCUGUAUUCAGUCCAGUUUUUGAACCGGGCUAUGAAUAUUAUGAGGGACGGCCCAAAUAUGCAUUCAAUUAUGGCGUGGCGGAUCAUACAACGGGGGAUAUCAAGUCACAACAUGAAUCAAGGGACGGUGAAGUGGUCAAAGGACAAUAUUCUUUAGUGGAGCCAGAUGGUUCUAUACGGACAGUUGACUACACAGCAGAUCCCAUUCAUGGUUUUAAUGCGGUUGUGUCGAAAGUUGGACCGAGUGUACACCCUCCACCCAAGCCUCGCCCACACGUUCAGCCGGCUAUAAUACAAUAUGUACCAAAACCUAUACCAGUGCCUGUACAAAUACCGAAGCAAUAUCUUACUCAGCAGAUUUUUGCGUCGCCUGAAACUUACUCGUACGCGAAGGUCGCAGCGCCACAGUUUCAAGAGUACGAUGGAUAUGACAUCGAUGGACCUUCUAACAACUUCUAUUAA